AAAGAAAGGCAUCAGUUUGAAAUAUCUGCAGUGCGGCUCCUCUCUAAACCCUCACAAAGUCACAAGGGUUUAACACUCUCCUCAUUUCUCCUAAACCCCAUUUCCUUAAACCCUAAUUUCCCAAUUUUAGGGUUUUGUCCUUUUCUCUUCAAAUCGGAAAAAAUGGCGACUUCCAUGCUUCUUAGAAGGCAGUUAUCGCUUUCAUCACUAGCAUCGAGGCGCACUAUCGCUGCCUUCUCUACACUCUUCAACUCCAGCCAACCACUGGCGGCAGCUUCUUCUUCAACGGUAAAAAAUGGUGGUCUUCUGGGCGGAAACAACGAAUCUACCACUGUAUUUACACCUAGAUAUGAAGGUGCGAAGAGUUUAUACUCGCGAUCCGGCCGUCUAGAAUUCCGCGCGUCUUUUGCGUCACAGGCGGGUUUCGCCGUUGCCGAUUAUUCGGAUGACGAUAGGUCGAAGGCCGAUGAAUGCCUAGAGAUAUCUAAGCUUGGUAUUCAUCCCGAUGUCAUUUCCCGUUUGGCUCAGAGAGGAAUCACUAAGCUUUUUCCAAUUCAGAAAGCUGUUUUUGAACCUGCAAUGCAGGGCCGUGACAUGAUUGGCCGUGCGAGGACAGGAACAGGGAAGACCCUUGCGUUUGGAAUCCCAAUUUUGGAUAAGAUUACACGCCAUAAUGCAAAGAAUGGGGCAGGGAGAGAACCCUUGGCUUUGGUUUUGGCACCCACUAGAGAACUUGCACGGCAGGUGGAGAAGGAGUUUCAAGAGUCUUCAAAACUACAAACUCUAUGUGUUUAUGGGGGUACACCAAUCAGUCAACAAAUGUUUGAACUACGAAAUGGUGUUGAUGUAGUUGCCGGGACACCUGGUCGGAUUAUUGAUUUGUUAAAGAGAGGGGCUUUGGAUCUUUCUCGUGUUCAGUUUGUUGUUUUGGAUGAAGCUGAUCAAAUGCUUAAUGUUGGGUUUGAGGAAGCUGUGGAGGUUAUAUUAGAGAAGCUGCCAAAAAAUCGCCAAACUUUGAUGUUCUCUGCCACCAUGCCAAAUUGGAUCCUGAAGCUGACUAACAAGUAUUUGAAAAAGCCAUUGACGAUUGAUCUUGUUGGCGAUUCCACUCAGAAGCUGGCAGAUGGAAUCUCUUUGCAUGCAGUUGUAGUGGAAAGUCGUACAAAGGCAGGUGUCAUUGGACCUCUUGUAACGAAAUAUGCAAAUGGAGGGAAAUGCAUUGUCUUCACUGAAACAAAACGGGAUGCUGAUAAUUUAGCUAAUGCACUGGGAAGAAAAAAUUUCAAAUGUGAACCCUUACAUGGGGAUAUAUCUCAAAAUAUGAGAGAAAGAACGCUUCAACGUUUUAGGGAUGGGAAUAUUGACAUUCUGGUCGCCACUGAUGUGGCUGCUCGAGGUCUUGAUGUACCAAAUGUUGACCUGAUUAUACAUUAUGAACUCCCUAACAAUUCCGAGAGUUUCGUUCAUCGGACUGGACGAACAGGCCGUGCUGGCAAAAAAGGAACUGCUAUUGUCUUGUAUACAAUGGAUCAGUCAAGGGCAGUCAAGGGUAUUGAGCGCGAUGUUGGAUGCAAGUUCAAUGAGCUCUCUCCAGUUGCUACUGAUGGAACAGAGAUGGGGAUGAGCAUGGGUGGUGGUAGUCGUUAUGGAUCUGGAUCCCGAUUUGGGAAUUCAAGUUCUCGUUCAGCAGGGUAUGGAAACUCGAGCUCUGGACGUUCUGGUGGUUAUGCCGGGAAUUCCUAUUCUAAUGGUUAUGGCGGGAACUCCUAUUCUGGUGGUUCUGGCCAAUCCAGUGGCUCUGGUGGUUUUGAUUCUUAUGGUAGUUCUCAAAGAUCAAGUGGUACAUAUGGUGGUUCAGGUGGUAAGUCUGGUUUUGGUAAAUCUAGUGGGUAUGACAAUUUCGGUUCAGGUCGCACUAAUCAGAGAAGUGGAGGGUUUGGCAGCUUUGGGGACGAUAAAUUUUAAGACAUCACCCCUUUUUGGCUGUGCGGGCAAUUUUUGAGCAGCUGCAGGCAAGGAUUUGAAAGCCAUACGGAAACAGAUGAGCGUAGCAAUUACUGGAAUAAUUAUGAUAAAUUCAGAUCGUUGUUUCUUCUUCUGGAAUCGGAGUCAUGAUGAAACAUCAUACAAGUAUUCUUGGUGGAGAAUAUGGUUUUUGUGAACGUAAUACCUUGUUUGUAUUAUAUUACCAGUUAGAGUAGGAGCUACCUAAUUAUUUAUGUUAAAACUGUUCUUGGAUAUUUGUCCGUCAUUUUUUUUUUAUCAUAUAGAGGUAGUAAAUAAGGUAUUUUGAAGAGCUUGUAAGCCAUCUAAUUAUGCGUAUACGCUGUAUUUGUCUAAAAGUUAUACGAAAGUAUUACCUGAAA